AUGCACCGAAAUGAUUGCUCAUCGCCCCGUACUCUUACAGCGCUUUGCUUCGCAAUCUUGGCUCGUUCUCGGCUAUCUGACGGACAGCGCAACCCCUACCGCACAGUUGUCCCAGACGACGACUAUUGUCGAAGACCAGUUGGGAUGCUGGACUUGGAACAGACACCAGUCAGGUCGUUUACUGCCCUCGCGGAGUGUCUCCUGACAGUAGCCAAAGACUGCCAGUGA